AAAAAGAGACAGCAUUUUGAGACAUUUUCGCGUUUUAGUAGUGGGUGGUUUCGGGUGUUUAAAUUAACAAACACAAAACAAAGCAUAAAACACUCGAAUUGCAACUCAUAUCUACAUAGUAUUAAAAUCAAAACGUGAUAUAAAAAUAACCGUUUAAUGGCUGCUGAAAUCCCCAGCAGCAGUAGUAGCGCCACUAUGCUUCCGGAAGCAGUAACUCCCGGUGGUAGUCGGACUAUUACAGAAACCCUGACAGCGGAUCAGAUUCCAGGACCGAGCAAUCAGGAAGCACCGGUUCUACGCUUGCGGUUGCAAAAACCGAAAACAUCGAAAAAGGUGCAAUGGUGCAACGGAACCGUGGACAAUGAGCACAUGAACAAAAAGAAAUCGAAAUGUUGCUGUAUAUACGUGAAACCACGUCAGUUUGGCGAAAGUUCAUCGGAAAGCGAGGACGAAUGUGAACACUGUUUUGGCCACGUGGAGCUGAAGAAGCGUAACAAACCACACCCAGACACUGGCGAGGACGCUCCCGAUGGCGCGACGGGUGGAUCGUGUGCCGAAAUGUGUCGAAGUGGGACGCAAAUGGAAUGUUCGAUCGAGCCAAUCCCAUGCAAUGAAGAUACGGACAGUGAACUGAAACCAGAUGACGUCGCCGCCCCUACAUAACGCUGAAGUUAUGAUUUAGGAUAGUAGCAGCUUUUAAGAAUCUAUUUUAGUUAAAUAUUUGACACACAUACGCUUA